AGCUUUCGGCUUUUCAGUUGCAUCCUUGUUCUGUCACUAGCAGCGACUAAUGAACUUUACACUGUUGGGCUUUCUCUUUUGAUGUGUUCAUGAGUUGAACAUCUCAGAGAGGAUAGAGAUAGAGAUGGGAAUGGAGAAGAAGAUGAUAGAACAAGCAGAGGAAGAGUUGGAAAUACUGGAAGCACAGCACCCAAAUAGGUUUGAAUACCUAAAGAUUGAGCUCAAAUCCUUAAUCUUUCUUCUUCAUUCCCAAAACAUCACUAUUUCUAACAACAACAACUUCAACAAAAGCUACAACUUUCUGUCUUCCUCUUCCAACUCCAUCCUUUUGCCAGCCUCUUCCACUGCUACUACUCAAGCAUCAUCAAGCAACAAGAAGAGGAAGAAAGGGACCAUUGAAAUGCAAAGAACAGAACAACCAGCAUCACCCAAGCACAAGAUUCAAAGGGCUGAUUGGGAAGAGUCAUUAUGUAGUAAUAGGAGGGAUGGAGUCGAAGUUGCCAUUGAGAGGGCUCAAGCUUGUCUCCUCAAAAUUCAACAAUUUAAAACUAGUUUUUACUGAUUCCAACCAAAAAACAAAAACAAAAACAAAAAUAAAAACAAAAAAAUGAUCACAGAAGACUCCAAAAUCAAAUGAGUACUUUUGUCUUUGUUCUUUUAUCUUCUC